AUGGCUCCCCUUCCUGUGCAUUCUUUUUCUUUUCCUUCCUGUGCAUUCACCGAUACUUUUGCCGGUGCAUUCUAUCCUUCCGACUCGCCUAUAUAGAUGGGCACCGUAUGUGUAGCUGAGAUACAUUCCUAUAUUUAGCAACAACACGAGUAUCAGUGAUCAAUGGCGAAGCUGGGGCUAGCAGUGGGCACGUCGGCGAAGCUCUGCUUCUUCUCCAACAAGAGCGACGCGGGCUCGGGGAGAGCCACGCGCCUCGGAUGGAUCCUCUUCCCUGCAAAUCAUAGGUGCAGUUUGGCGACGAGAUGGACCGCGGCCGCGGCCGAGGCGGUGGAGGCCCCGCCGAGAAGCAUCGACAUGGGGCACGCGCCGGUGGCGCGGGAGCAGGUGGAGAUCGUGCAGUCGCUGAACGGCUGGGUGGCGGAGAACAUGCUCCCGCUGCUCAACCCGGUGGAGUCCUCGUGGCAGCCGCACGACUUCCUGCCGUGCUCCGCCGCGGCACCCGGCGCGUCGGAGGAGGAGGCCCUGUCCGCCUUCACGGAGGGCGUGGCUGCGCUGCGCAUGGGAGCCGCCGGCGUGCCUGACGACAUCCUGGUCUGCCUGGUGGGUAACAUGGUGACGGAGGAGGCGCUGCCGUCGUACCAGAGCAUGGGGAACCGCACGGAGGGCACCGCGGAUGACACCGGCGCCAGCAGCCUCCCCUGGGCGCAGUGGAUCCGCGGCUGGACGGCCGAGGAGAACCGCCACGGCGACCUCCUCAACCGCUACCUCUACCUCUCCGGCCGCGUCGACAUGCGCCAGGUCGAGACCACCGUCCACCACCUUCUCCGCAACGGCAUGGAAAUGCUGGUGCCCAAGAGCCCGUACCACAGCGUGAUCUACGGCGCGUUCCAGGAGCGCGCGACCUUCGUCUCCCACGUGCACACGGCGAGGCUCGCCGGGCAGCACGGCGACCAGGCGCUCGCCAAGAUCUGCGGCGUGAUUGCCGCCGACGAGAAGAGGCACGAGGCGGGCUACACCAGGGUGUGCGCCAAGCUCUUCGAGGUGGACCCCGACGGCAUGGUCCGCGCGCUGGCGCACGUCAUGCGCGGCAAGGUCACCAUGCCGGGGCUGCUCAUGUCCGACGGCCGCGACGCCGCCAGCGGCGAGAACAGCCUGUUCGAGCGGUUCUCCACCGUGGCGCAGAGUGCCGGCGUGUACACGGCGAGGGACUACGGCGAUCUGGUGGAGCACUUCGUGCGCAGGUGGCGGGUGGCGGAGCUCGCCGGGCUCUCUGGAGAGGGCCGCCGCGCGCAGGAGUACGUGUGCGGGCUGCCGCCCAAGAUCCGGCGGAUGGAGGAGCUGGCAAACCAGAGGGCGGCCCGUAGCGAGCUCCGUCCGGCCCGCUUCAGUUGGAUCUUCGAUAGGCACGUCAUGGUGGGCUGAAGCAUGGGCUUCUAUGCCUUAUACGUAGACUUUUACGUAUGUUUGGUUAGAUUCCCAUCCUCGAAAAAAGUUAGGUUAGAAUCCCCUCCGUCUCUAAAAAAAAGGACUAAAGAAAAAAAAACCUUCUAGUAGAGUUUUUCUCUAGUCCAAAAAGUUCCUCCUGUUUAGUUAAAUAGGAACGAAAAGCGACUUUUUCUAGUCUAGUCCCUGUAAACAUGGCCUUAUGUAUUCCUGUAAACGUUGAUCUUAUCUUAUUAUGCAAU